AUGGCGCUCGACGACGAGAGCGCCGGCGUGUUCAGCGCCGCCGCGCGCGCGCUGCGCGCGCUCGCGGCGCCGGCGGCGGCCGAGGCCGCGGUGUGGGAGGCGGCGGACGCGUCGGCGGCGGUCUCGUGGCCGGCGCCGUGGCGGGGCGCGCUGCGGCGGAUGGGCGCGGCGGGGACGUGGGAGGCGCCGGGGGAGCUCCUCAGCCAGAGCCAGGCCGCGAUCGCCCAGCAGCAGCAGCGGGGCGGCGCCGCAACCGUCGCCGAGGACGCUGACGAGGCGGACGCCCCCGAGGACGUGGCCGCGAUCGACCCCCUGGGCGGCUUCCUGGCGAUGGACCCCCUGCCGCGCAUCAGGUGGCUGCUGCGCCACCGCGCCGCGACCGAGGCCGCGGCGCCGCUGCUGGACGUGCUGUGCGCGGCGGCCGUGAGCGGGCCGCGCGCGGCGGAGGCGAUUGUCGGGUGCCCGGGCAUGAUAGACGCGGUCGCGGGCCUCAUAGGGCCCGAGUACUGCGGGGGCGGGGCCGACGCAGAGACAGCAGGGUCAGAGGUCGCGGGGGCGGCCGCCGGCGGGGCGCCAGAGCCGCCCCGGGCGCAGCUGCGGCCCCGCGCGCUGCGACUCGCGCGCCUGCUCGCGCAGGCGUCGCCUGCGGCCGCGGGGCGCCUGCGGGCUGCGGGGGUGCUGACGGCGGCACAGGCGGCGCUGCUGCGGCGGCCGCCGGGCGGGGAGGGCAGUUUUGGGGAGGCGGAGGUGGAUGCUCUUAUGCGGCUGGAGGCCAUGCGGAUCUGGCGCGUCACAGCAGCCCAGGGCAUCAGCCUCAUGCACAUGGACGUCAUGUUUCAGAGCCUCUGCAGCCUCCUCGACCCGCCGCCGCCGGAAGCGCUGGCGCCGCAGUGGGACCUGCGCUGCGAGGCGCUGCAGCUUGCAGAGGCGCUGAUUGCGCAUGCGCUGCGCACCGCGUCCGGAGCAGGCGGGCCGGGCGUGGGGCCGGGCGACGAGAUGAUCAGCCCAGGCUGCGUCGCGGCGGUCGCGGGGGCCGCGGCGGACGCGUGGGACGCGGCGGGCGCGGUCGAGGCGGUAGCCCGCCUGCUGGUGUCUCAGCAUGACGUCAUCAUACCCUGCAGCGGCGUCGAGGGCGACUUAGAGGGCGGCCUAGCGGAUGGAGGGCAGCACGGUGCAGACACGGCGCCUGCCGCGGCCGCGGCCGCGGUCGAGCUGCACCCGUCGCGCCUGCUGCCGCCCGGGCACGCUGCGCUCUCGGCGCUCGCCGCUGCGUGGCACCUGAUCGCGACGGCGACCGCGGGGCCGGGCCCCGGGCAGCGGCGCACGGCGGGCGAGGUGUGGCGGCGGCUGGCUGCGGCGGGCCUGGUGGGUUCGGGUGGCGGCGGCGGCGGCGGCGGCGGCAGGGCCGCUGCAGGUGGCGAGGCGGCGAGGGUGGCGACAAGGGACGCUCUGGCACUCGCGCUGCUCCGCAGCGGCGAGGGGGCGGAGCCAGAAGUUGGACGGGCGUUCGUGCACCACCUACUCCAUCUCAUGCGCGCCGCCUGCGACGGCGGAGGCGUGGUACGGGGGACGGGUGACGCUGACGCGGCCGCGGCCGCCGCCUGCCUGGGCGGCGCCGCGGCUUCGGCGAUCGCGGCUCUGUGCCGCCUCGAGGCGGGCGCCGCCGUGGCCGCCGCGCACGCGCCGGGGCCGCGUGCCGCGACGCUCGCGUGGCGCUGCGGCGCCGCCGCCGCGGACGCGCUGGCGGCGCGCGCGGCGCGCUCCGCUUGCCCAUCGGCGCUCGAGCCCUGGCACCUUGCUUGGAUGCAGGCGGCCCAGCCGGCGGCGCGGCUGCUGUUGCAGUCAGUCGCGCUCCUACCCCCUCGUGCCGCCCCUGCGCCUCUGACGGCAACCGCCGCCGGUGCCGGCGCAAGCGCCAGCGCGGCCGCCACGCCUCCGGCGGACGGGGAGGCGCAGGGCGAGCUGCUGCUGUUUGACGGGUUGAUGAGCCUGCUGGUUCUGACGCCGCCAGGGCUGGAAUCCGAUGUGCUGUCAGCCCUGCGCCUCGCGCUGUCCGGCUCCGGCGCCUGCCGCGCCGGCGCCGCCCGCGCGUGCAGCGCGUCGCUGUCGGAAAUCGCGGCGAUGCGCGCCGCGGGCUGCGAGCUCGCGCAGGCGGCCGCGGGCGUGCGGGCGGCAGCAGGCGGCGGCGGCGGCGCAGAUGGCGCCAGGCCGGUUGGCAGGGUGGCGUAUCCUGCGCCAGAGGCUGUGGAUAUGGAGGAGGUGAUCGCCGUCCUGCGGGAGGGCUACGCAGCCAGCUGGCUGUCGAUCAUCCCUGCUGGCCGCGUGCGCGGCGCCAGCGGGGUGAAGGCCGCGGCGGCGCAGGGCCAGGCGCAGGCGCGGGCCGGGGCUGUGGGGGCGCCGCCGGCCCCGGAGCUGCGGCGCGCGGUGGCGGACGACCCGCGCGGCUCGAGGCUGCCCGCGCCGGCGUCGUGGAUGGCGGCGGAAGCGCUCGCGCUGCCUGGCGGCCCGGCGGACGGCCCCGCAGCCGCCGCCACCACUUCUUCCGCGGCGCCGGGCCGCGAGGCGGCGCACCCGGCGGCAGCGGCGCUGCUCCUGUCGCUCGGCUGUGGGGCGCUCGGCCUGCGGUGCGCGGCAUCCGCGCCGCCGCCGGCGAGGCUGCGCGCCGCGGUUGAGCACGCUUACCUGGGAAAUGCCUGGGAGCUGUUCCCCGGGGGCUUGCGGGCGCAUGCGGGAGCGAAGCCGCCAGAGCAGGCGCAGGGCUGGCAAGAUGCCGCGGCGCGCUGGGCGCUUGCGGCGCUGACGUGGCGGUGCACCGCAGGCCUGAUGGGCGCCGGGCGGCAGCAGCAGCAGGAGCAGCAGCAGCAGCAGCAGCAGCAGCAGCAGCAGCAGCAGCAGCAGCAGCAGCAGCAGCAGGAGCAGCGGAGACCCGGCGCCGGUGGCGGCGACUCGAACGGUCCCUGGGGCAAUGCAAACGGUGGCGAUGGGGCCCACAUGUGGACCGGGUGGCUUGGGCCUGCCGCGGUCGAGCGGAUCGUUCAGCAGUUUGCCGAGUCAUCGAUGGGCGACCCCCUUUACGGCGCCCACAUCGCGCUGCUGCUGCUCCCCGCCGGCGGCGCGGCGCUGCAGCGCGCCGUGUGGGGCGCUCUGUCGUCCCACGCCGCGCUGCACCUGCUGCCCCCGCCCGCCGGCUGCCUGGGCGGCGGGGGCCCGUACCUGGCCGGGCCGUUUGAAUUCGGAUUCGUGGCGGAAGCUGCCAAAAGCCUGGGGCAGGGCGAUCUGGUUAAGGCGCUCCGGCUCGGCAGCAUAAGCGCUGACCUGGCGCUGCACGCGGUUGCUGACAUGGCGCUCGAUCAGGCCUCUUGGGCGCGCGAGCAGGCGCGCGAGGACGGCGCCGCGGCGGAGCGGCGGCGGCGAGACGCGCGCGCCGGCCGCCCGCGCGGCAGCGGCAGCGCCGCUGCCGCCGUCGACGCCGCCGGCCGCGCGACCAACGUGCUGAGGGGGGUCAUGCGGGGCGCGGGCCUCGACACGGUACGGCGGCUGCUGGCGGCGGGGCGGGCGCGGGGGCAGGGGACGGGCGCGCAGCGGCGUGCGCUGGCAGUGGCCUGCCAUGGAGAUGCAGAGUUGAUGGAGAAGUUGGCUCGGCUGAUGGCCGCAGAGGAUGCGCACGGUGGUGGGUAG